AUGGAUGAAACAGCUGGGUGAUGCUAGCGCCAGUGCUAGUAGGUUUAGCAUAUGUCUUGUCUCCAUAGAAACAGAAGAGGGCGCUGUUUACCAGGAAUUAUCCACGUCCCAAAGGAACCGCACACCGACUAGUCUCUGCUUCACUUUCUCAUUUUGCUUCUUUACACCUAUGUUACAUUCAGGAAAAAGUUUAAUCUCUGAAAUACUGAAUGUCCUCAAUACUUUAUGGUAACAUCACAUAAUUAAAUCUUAAGAAGUAUAUUUAAAGUACUGUGUAAAAGUCUUGAGGCUCCCCCAUUUUUUAUAUUUCUCUAAGAAACUACAUUUGAAAAUAUAAGACCAAAAACAGAAUUAGUACAGUUCUAGCGUGUUUAAAAGUCAACUUUUAUUUCUCAGCACAGUCUGAACUGUCUUAGGCAAACUUUCUUUUAAUUUCUUUAAGCAGUCUUCAGGAAUAGUUCUGCGGGCUUCUUGAAGGACAUUCAAAGCUCUUCUUUGGAUGUUGGCUGUCUGUGUGUCCUGUUCUCAGUUAAAAUGAUCCCACAUUGCCUCAAUAAUGUUGAGGUUCGGGCUCCGGGGAGGCCCAUCCAUGAUUGAUGGGCUUGCAAUGAACUGUGGCAGGAAGUCGGGGUACCCGGGGAGAACCUGUGGAGACACAGAGGGAAGUAUGCAAACUCCACACAGAAGUAUCUGAACUGAAGACAUCAUUAUGAGGUCAAGGAAGAGUGUGAUAUCUGUGAGGUCCAAUAGGACCCCAAGUAUGAGACUGCUGCUCAUCAGACUGAAGUUCACGGUUCCGACCGUGCUUGAACGCAUCAGAGGCAGGAGCUCUCCUCUCUCACUGAAGUGGAGCUGCUACAUUCAUGCAGCUGAUGCUUGUGCAGCUCAAACGACCUGUUCAACUGAAAGGCUGUUCGCAUUCAUCAGAAGGGAAAUCUGUGUUUCAAAGGAGGAUUUAUGGUCAGGAUCCAGGGAACAGCACCGGGUCGGGACAAGCGGAGCCCACAGAGCCGAGCAACAGACAUCAUGGUGAGGGUCAGGAGAGCUCUGCGGCUGGUGCUGGGCAUGCUCAGUCUGUCCCUGCUGCUGGUGGUGCUGGGGGUCUACACAACGACCCGAACAGAGAGCCUGAACGUGACUGGCUACGCAUCUGGAGUUAUUCUCACCCUUGGAUCCUUCCUGGGACUUCUGGGACUCUGGCUGGAAGAAAACCGCAGGCAGCUGCUGACCGCUGCCAUCGCCUUUCUCGGUUUCGGGAUCGUCGUCUCUUCUGUGUGCUUGGUGAUCGACGGCGUCUGCGUUGCCUUAAAUAUGGACAUGCGGCCACUGAAAGCAGGGAGAUGCCAGUAUUACAGCAGCGGCAACUGCUACAUCUAUGAGAAUUUCUACACUUCUGUGUCGUGUCGGAGUCUAAAGGAGUCUUGUACCAUGAUGGUAAGAAGUGGAACCUGUUACUGCUGCGACCUGUAUGACUGCGCCAAUGGAGGCUACCUCAGCAACUACUAUGAAUUUGUUGGAGUAGAAAGCUGUGAGGAAGUCUUUACAGUGUACAUUUUAAUUUGGACCCUUGCCAGCCUCAACCUCGUGGCCUUCUUCACAGGAAUACUCACCACAGCAGUGCUGGGCAACAUUAGAGAGUUGUGGAGCAGCAGCCCUGUGGCUGAUCCCUCUGAGAAAACAGCAUCUUCCCCAACAGCUCCUCUGCUGAUGGACGCCAAUAUACACACAGCACACCAGCUCCACCCAGUCAAUGGAGGAUCGCCGUUUUGCUUUUCAGCUGAGAAGGCCAACCCGCCUCCCUUCGCCCCACUGGCCGGCGUGCCGCCUUGCAGAGCCCACGGCAUGUCUGUGUGAGCAGCAGACUCACGGGAAGAUGACUUGUUAUUGUUGGGUGCAUUUUAAACAGCAGAUGCAGCUUAAAGCGGACAUGCAGAAGUUUAAUGGAAAGCGCCUGCAGCUACUUUACAUUAUAUGCAAAGAAGAAAACAGCUUACCUAACAGCUUACCUUGAGUGUAAAAUGUUUGCAAAUGCAGUGCUUUGUUCUAUAAAUCUUUUCAUUGUGGACUUUGUGAGUAAAAUGCUUCUUUUUUUCCCUGAAACCAGGCAGAGUUAAAACUAAAUGAUGUCUCAUAGAAGAUAUAUUGCUGAUAUUACUCGAUGAUGAAUAAACAGAUUGAAACAGA